CACGUUCGCGUUCCAUAGAACAGGGUAGUGUGGGUGAUGUAAGCGAACUUUCUGACCGAGACCGCGACAGUCGUUCUUCCUUUUGCAUGUUUUUCGGUAAAUUAGACUGUUCUAUUAAGUAUUAUUACCGAGCCCGUUCAGAUGUAAGGAAGUGAUCUUAAAAGAAAAGGUAUGCAAUUAAUAGGGUGCCUUUCGUGGCACUGAUCACCAAACACAGUCACAGUGUCAGUUCAGCGCUAAUUAGCUCGCCUUGAGUUGAGCAGGGACCUGGGAGUCACAGGUGAGCCACUGUCCCUGAACCUCUGGCGUGGUGAUCGUCGCCUUCGCGCGCUCCAGCUUCACGGUGGAUUCACCUGACGUACCGGUACACAUGCAUAGGCUCACUUCUUAAAAUUUUCAAUCUUCAUCCCUCCCCCACCCCCUCCUCAGUUUUCCCAGGACCAGAAUGGCAAAUCUAUCUUCUACUCGAAGUCAAAGCAAGUCUGUGAAGACUUCUGCCAGAGAGACUUCUUGUUGGGGGGAAAUUCUUGAGAGCUUAAAGGAGUUUUCUGAAAAGAAAGAAAGAAAUGAUGAAAAUACAAAACAGUGGCAAAUGCUUGCAGAUAGCAUCGCUGCAAGAAUCCAACAAGCUGUGAAAGGAAGCAUCCCUGCAAAUAUUGCCUCAAGGAAAAGCUCUGCAAGUUAUAGACCCAGUCAGGCCAUUCUAGAGGAUGUGGUGUCAAGAUUCACCUGGGUCUUUUUUGAGACAGCUGUUGAGGUCAAGCUGGUCCGAAAAUUUCACAAGGCUGCUCUAGCUUUGUCUGAGCUUUAUCCUAAGAUGGCUGACAUCAUUGACAGUCAAUUUGUGGUUCUUCUGUCGGAGAAUGGUGGUUUGAUGAACAACAUUCAGGCAUCCAGAGUUUCCAACCUUCUAGAAGCGAGCCCUUUGGUACAUAGCCCGCUUGCCACACAUUUUCCACAAUUCCUCACUGCCAUGAACCGCACAAUGACCUCAAUAGUAGCAGAGGUUUCAACGACCCUCCCCGGAAUUGCUCUUCGCCCCGAGGUCACAGCAUGCUGCUCGACACUGUCCAGACUAGCCUUACAGAUGAGUCAACUUGUCCCUCUGCAACUCGGGGAGAUUCUCGAUGGCGCCCAGGGCAGUAGGGGUAGUGAAGGCAGUGUUAAAAGUAGACACCAUGCAGAUUUAGUAUCCCAGCUUUCAGGUCUGGUUGGGAAUCUUGUCAUCGUGAUGUGUAGUAAGAAAUUUUCCAGAGAGAGUGGUUUAAUGUCUGGCAGUGCUGUUGGAAUGCUCUUCAACUCUGCACCGAAUCCUAAAGAUGCCGUUUCCAUGGCAUUAAAUCUCCUUCAUUCCUUCCACCAAGGAAGUGCACAGACAAUCACAGACUUCAACUCAGAUCUAGGCUUCUUCAACAGACUUGUAGGACCCCCUUUCCAGGACUUUAGUCCCCCAGAGAAGGCUUUUGGAGCUCUUUGUCUUGCCCGGGGGCUGAUAACAUGUGGAGAUGUCAGAAUACUUCUGGAGAGAAUACCAACAGGGAGUGGUGAUAAUGAAGGUCACAUCUUCUUAGUUGGACCUCUCUUGACUGUUACUCAAGAACUCCUGGGCAGCACAGACACUCCUGAAUUUCACUCCAUUCAAUUAUUCACUCUAUGGCUUCAGUGUGUCCAUCGUCACCUUGAGCAUCUGCGGUCACUCCUCAACAACAAUGCCCAACGGUUCCUGACGAGGUCUUCAGAUGUGGUCCAGCUGGUGCUGAGCUGCAUCUGGAGACACUGGCACAGUCCUGUUGAUGGAGUGCCGGAACAGAUCAGGGUGUUGUUCGGUUCUCUGCUGGAAUCUUACGGAGCAGAGAAUUGCCUCCUGAAUUCUAAAGAUGAUGAGCUGUUGAGAUACUUGGCCCAGGAGCUUCUGGGAUCACCUGUUCAUCUGAAGGGUCGCUACACCCUCUUGACGACCCUGAUCCCCCACCUGGGGGCAAAAGCUGUCCUCCUCCUCCACCCAGGUCUCCCGAGUGAGCUCCUCUCCUGCCUGGAUACAAACCAUAUCCUGUCUGUGGCCAAUGACACUUACAAGAUCCUAUUAGCAGGGCUCAAGUCAGAACUGGCCCUGACCCCUGCCAGGGUCAAAGAUGCGAUGCAGGAAGAAGAAGUCCAGGAGACUCCACUAGGGACUUGGCAGGAGCACUUUGAAAAAGUUAUUGUAACUGGUCUCUGUAGUGAUAACUCACUUGUCAGGAGCCAAAUUGCCAAUACCUGGUUGCCAGCCACCUUCAAAAUGUUUCCUGAAACAUUCCCCUUGUUGCUGGAUGUGAAGGUAAUAAUGAGAGCUGGUCACAAACAAGAGGCGAGAAACCUCCAUAGAAAGAUCAUCCUACUGAAGCAAGCUAAAACAUGCAAGAUUCUUCAAGGACAGGAGUGGAUGCACCAUCACUCUGCUACCUUGGAAGAAGCUGUAAACCAUCACGAUGACGACAUCAGGGGCGACACCAUCUAUCUCAUAUGCUACUCUCCAAGGACGGCACAACCUGUUGGCGAUGACGAGACCAGGCUCAUCAAGACCCUGGUCCAGAACUGCUUGAACAGCGAUGAUACCUCACUGAGGAACCAGUUGAGGAUCAGCAUGAAGGCACUGAUCGUCAGACUGAGAGACAGCAGCCUCGCUUGGAUCAAGAAGAUACAGUCUGCCACGGCUUUUGUUGAAAGCAAUGUGGACAGCGGGACUAGAGAGAUGAAAGCUGAAACCAAAGCUCUUCAGGCCAAGCUCCAGGCAGCUAUGGAACUCAUGGACUGGCUGAUGGAGCAGAGCUUCUCCUCCCUCUUCCCUGGAGCUUGCUACCAGAGGAAAAGGGCCUCACUAGACCUUCUCCGUCUCAUGUAUGAGAAUCUCACCGGUGGCAAAGAGACCAAUCCCAAAAAUGCAAGCAGUCCUUUACCUGCAGCUGCUUCUAAGAAACUACUUUCAUGGUGUCAGCAACUUGGUAAGGUGAACCUCUUUUCUGAAAGGAAUGCAUCUCUCUUGGUGAACUCUCUCUUUGAUUCCUCCAAUGACAUUCGAUCAUCGGCUUACAAUCUAUUGGUUGGAUCCUUUCCCUGGCCUCUCCCCUCAUCUCCAGCCCAUCCCUGGUCCAGUCCAUCUGAGAUCCUGGUCCAAGGCAUGAAGCUCAUCUGUAGUCCUAAAUUCCAUGAAUGUGAGGCAGGCGCUAUGCUGUGCAAGCUCUCUUUUCACAGACAAAUGGUUGAGAGUAGUGAAGGUCUGGAUGAGCUUGUCAAACCAUCCAAGAAUAAGUCACCUAGCAAAACCACCAGUCCUCCCGUACAGUUUGUGUUGAGUCUAAUGAAAAGCCUCGCCUACCAGUUCAAGUGUGCAAAGAUCAACAUUCUCCAAGCAGCAGCCCUUACUCCUAUGCAUGGUAUUAUUAUGUCAAUCAGGAAGUGCCUGACAGAGGAUUCAAGAAUCUUCUCUAUGCUUGUCACCAAGAAACCUGAGACAUGGCAGGCCAUCGUGAGGGAAAUCAAUACCAUGCUUCAUCAGAUCAUUGAGUUCAUCCUAGAUCUUUUGGCUGGAAGGACAAAGCCAUCCCCUUCUCCUCCUGAGAGCAAGGAUGAACUUCCAAGAUUGGAAGAUUUUGGAACAAAGGAUGUUGCUACCAAGACCAGAGAUACAGAUGGAGCAGCCUCAGUGAUAGGGAAUGGAAGAACUGGGUUGAGGCAAGAACUAAGCAGCGCUACCAAUGAACCCGAUGCAAGAAUGGACACCACUCCUGCUGGCGAUAUACGACUUGACUUGGGAGAUGUGAUACCAGAGACGUCUUCCAAGGGGGAGGAGUUGAACCACAUGUCUCCAUCCUUUGGAAAGAUGGGGGAGGAGAUUGAAAAGCUGGUGAUGGGCUUAGGAACAGAAGAUGAAGGAGAUGGUGAUGAUGGGGCGGGAGCAUCGUCCCUGGAGCAUCAACUCAUUCUUACAUGCUGCUGGCUCACUCUCAAGGAAUCCAGCUUACUCAUGGGGGCUCUAGCAGAAGUUGCUCCCCCGUUUAGAGAUCUCCAACAUAGGCUUCUAGAUAAGCAGCAGUUUGAGCUAAUGUCCAAAUCUCUUGUGCAGAUACUUACAAAGUGUCGUCACAAAGGAGCUCUAGAAGGCUGCAAGACAGGCUUCUUCAAGGUAUGUGCUGCCAUAUUGUCUUGCCCAGACCCAGACAUAGCCUCCAUACCCAAGUCUCUUCUAGACCUGGUCUUCACUGUCAUCACCACUGCAGCCUCCUCCAAUUCCUACACCAAGAUGAGUGCCGGUCUACCCCUGCUGGUGGAGUCCAUCAUUGUGGCUGAGCCCAGGUGUAGGGAGAGGCAACUGCUAAAAUACGUCGUUACAAAGCUGAUGGAAAUAGCCCAACAGCCUCUUCCAGAACAGCCUGAUGCCAAGCAAGACCUCCCUCAGUCCCAUGCACUGAAUAUCAUGAGGUCCCUCUUUGUCAAUACCUCACUUGCAUGGGAAGUACUGCGGUAUGCGGAAGACGCUGUCCAGUUGGCCAUUGAUGGGUUUGCGUCCAGUAACUGGAUGGUACAGAACUCUAGCAUGCAGUUGUUAGGGGCCCUCAUUGCCCGCAUCUUUGGCCAGAAGAAGGUCCAGGAUGAGCACUCUCAGGUCAACACCCUCUCGGCUCCAGAGUUCUUCCAGCGCUACCCACGACUUCGUCUCUACUUCCUGCAGGAGGUCAGGAGGGCUGCUGCACUCCACCGACAGGGAUCUGGUGCUCCGGGGCAGGAAGAAGGAGAAGGAGGAAGUCUCCAUCUUAUACCAACCCUCCAUCCUGUCCUCCUGGUCCUCACUAAGCUAGGAAGUGGUAUUGCCACCCAGGAACAGAAAAAGGAGCUUGAAGAAUUUAUUGAACCACUCUGCUCCCUUGCUUCAAGCCCUAUCUACUCUGUUAGGGACCUUGCUUCAAGGGCUAUACUCCCACUGUUGUCUGACAAUGAAGAGGUUUCCAACAUGGCGGCCAAGCUGUUGGACACUAUCCCACUGUCGUCCAAUCCCCUCAUCACCAGUCAGAAUCGUCUCCAUGGAAUCUUACUAAUGGUUCAAAAGCUGCUUACAUCAAGCAUCAAUAAGAAAAGCCUGCAAGAGGACACGGUUCAGGAGCUGACAGAGAAAUUUGCCAGUUGUCUUUGGGUAGGGUCCAGCAUGAACCCCUGCCCUACCACCAGGGCUCAGUUCAUGCAGAUCUGUACCCAGUGGUGGGAAGGUGCUUUCCAUGUCAAACCAGACCGUGUGACCUCCCUGGUCGUAGAGUCUAUGGGUGUUCUUGAGGACUUCUUCAUGACGUCGCCUUCAUUCCAGGUUGGGCUCUCGACCUUGGGACAGGAGAUGACUACCUCUUUCAUCUCCAUGUCAAAGUUCAUCCCUGACAAAAUCACCAACCUUUCAACCCUGACCGGCACUCUCCUGACCCAUGAUCUACCAGAGGUCAGGGUGUUGACCCUGAAGUACCUCAAUGACCUUGUGACAUCAGGAGCAGAGCUCAGCAUGGAGUCAUGCAGCAGUCUCCAGCUUCAAGUCAUGGAGUUACUUCUGAUUGAGGAUAGCUUCAACUGUCUUUCUCUUGCUCUAGAUCUGUGGGUGGAGCUAAGCAAGGAUAUGGAUGCCAAACCAGAAGGUGAUUUACAGGUGCUGUUGGAGCGACUGUUGGCAAUGACGGCUUCACGAGGAAGCGACUUGAGUUCAUGUGCUGCAGUUCUUCCAGCUCUGAGUGUGGCUCUCAGGCUUGCUUCCGACGACUUCAAGAAUUUGAAUCACGAGAUGACCCUGCAGUGGUGUGACCUGGUUCUAAAGUGCAGUGACCCUUCUCAAUGUGAGACCCUGCACCUGUCUGCAGCCAAGUCAUUGAGGCAUAGCGGUGUUCAUGUCCUCAAGAUGUGUGACCCUGACAACAUUAAACACUGUGACUUGGCCUUUAUGAUAAUGAGAGCAGGCAUGUUGCUCUUGCAAGAUGAACAACCAGAGGUUCGAGAGGAAGCUGCAAGAUUUGCAUCUUUGAUACCAAGAGAGGGAGCUCUAUUGAGUAAUGUCGAUGUAAAUCACAUCCAUUGUAGCACCGGUUUAAAGAUUUUGUUACAGUUUGUAUGUGACAAGUUCUGCAUCAAUGUAAACUUCUUGGAUACAGUGAUUAGUCUUCUCAUUGGUGAUGCAUUCAUAGUUGAAGAACUGAUCUAUGAAGAGACACAUAGCAACUCUUUGAAUCUGUUUGAGCAAGAUAGUGCCAACAUGUAUGCUGAAGGGGUUAUGGAGGCUAAUCUUGUGUUUCAUGCUGUAAAGGAUGCAGUAGCACUGUUGAUAGAGCAUAAAUCAUGCAGCCUGAGAGAUUGGAUUAAAGACAGAUGGGAAUUCACACAAUUCAACAUGGCCGCCCUUAUCAUGUACCUAGACAAACACCCUGUCACUGCGAACAGUUUCUAUGCAGGGACAGGUCAUAGUAAACCCUACCAAGCUCUUUACAGACUACUCCUGUAUGUCUGGCUUCUCCAGACAGCAUCCAUUCUCAUCAAGCCACCUAUAGAGGGAGUCCUGGAGGUCAAGCAGAAGAUCGAGGGUCACCUGAAAUCAAUGCGGAAGAUGUUCUAUGUGUUCCCGCUGCUGAAGGAGUCUAUUCCGACCAAUCUGGUGGUAGAGGAACUUCCUGGAAAUUCAACAGAGAUGGACUGACAGCUCUCCAUUCGACUUGCCAGAUUAUUGGUUCAAACUUGAAUCAUAGAAUAUCAAACCAGAAUUUGUUUAUAGAAAAUGUUAUGAGUUUCAUGGUUAGGUCAUAUUUUAGUUUGACAUAUUGACAGAGAUUUAUGUAUAACAACCCUUUAUUUUUGCAGUUUGCAAAUGAUUCUUGCCACUCAAAGGCCAUCCUGAACGAUUUUGCAAAAUUUUGAGUUGAAUAAGUUUCUGGUUCUACUGUAUUUUUUUUCUUGAGGAGCACUUUCUUGUGCUGCACCAUCAGAACCAAUUACACAUCCUGGGGAUAUACAGCUUACAUAGCAUACAGUUUAUGUUCAAUAUUGGUAGAGGAAGAAGAAGAAAAUGAUGAAGUUUAACCCUAAUUUGACAAACGGGGAAAAAAUAUUCCUCGCUCAGUGUGUACGGGGGGUCUUGUUUGCUAAUGUUUCAAAUUAUCAACCCUCUGGCAUUGGUAUCACUCCAGAUUAAUUGUGCAUAGUUGGUUCAGGCUGCACAAAACUCUGCCUGUUAACUUGCCAACAUUCAUACAUGAUAUGCAUUAGACUUGACUGCUGGUUAUUUCCUUCUUUUUUUACCGGUAGUCAUGACAUUCAAGCACAAACAACUGUCAAAUAUAGUCACCAAUAAGUUGCGUGGAUUGAAUUUGAAGUGCAUUGUAUUCCCUGGUAUGUUUUAAAAGGUGUAUGUACUUUACCUCGUAGCAUUUUGUCUAUGACAAUUUGAAAAGCUCAUGCAAAAGGAAAACAAGAAUUUUUUGUUUAACCUCACCUUUGAAAAAUCGAUGAAAUGCUAUCUUACUCCAAUACUGUACAAGUCUUUUAUCUUAUUCGCAAGUUAAAGUAUUGGGGUACCGUCUUUUAUUUGAUUAGAUUGUAUUAUUGUUGUACAUUUCACACAGUAUAUGCCCUCAGCAAUUAUUUAUAUCUUAAAAACCCAGAUCACAUAUCAGAUCUGAUAUCUUGAGCCAAGAUGCAAUGAUUUUCUAGAGCAAAGCGAUAGAUUUUUUUUCCAAGCAUUUUCAGUCUCAUGUUUUGUGAAUAAAUUCUAAUAAUAGAGGUGCAUCAAAACCUAGUGAGCAAUAAUUUUUUUACUCGUAUAGCUUACACAAUUUAAGCAUUUUCUAUGCAUGUAGUUGAAAUUCAUUGUGUUUUGCUAGUAUGUAUAUGUUAUUAACUGAAAUUGAAAUAAUUGAUAAUAAUUCAAAUGCUCUGCCGAGCAAACAAUACAAAAAGCAAUAUCUUACAUUUUACAGUAAAUCAUUGAAUUGAUAUUUUGUACUGUAAAUACAAAUGCUUAUUAUAUUUCAUGUUGAACUUAGCAGAAAAGCGUUCUUCAAGAUUUUACACAAUUAAAUUUGAUCUGUAUUAACUUGCAUUAAAUUUAAUUUUGAAUGAACAAGGAAGUCAUGAUCUGUUGUAACUCUGGUAGCAUGCUCUAACUGUGGAGAGCAAUAUUGAUCUGAAAGAUAAUAUAAGCAGAUAAUGAGAUCUUGCACCUGUAUCAUGAAAUCUAUUGAUGAUCGCAUUUAAAUCUUCAACUUGUGCAUAGCUGCCAACCAUUCCUAUUUUUGGAGGUUAAAUUCCUACUGUUGUUCCUCCAAAAUAAUGUAAUGAACUCUAGAUUCCUAUAUUUUUUCUUCUGAAAACUUCUGUGUAAAAGGGAAACAAGAUUAGACUAUUCCUAAUUUCACCUCAAGAGAUUCUAAAUGUUUGCUGUGAAAGGUUGACAGGUAUGCUUCUGCCGUUUAAUGCAAGAUCACUCUUAUAACUGUAAAAUGCUGUACACUUGUCAUUGAUUCUUGAGAUAUGAAUGAUAGAUUUUCAAGAAUUUUGAUUGACUUUAUAAUUUUUUUAAUUAUUAAAUGUACAGCAGUUCAUAAAAGAAUUGAUACAGCACUGUUGGGUUUGUGUUUAAAGUUAGUGAAGUGCCAAUUACGAUGUUAUGACUUUAAAAGAGAGAACCAAGGUAUCUUAAAUCAGUACUAAUAUUAACUUGUUGUAGAUGAUACAUAUGCUCCUCAUUAUGAAUUUGAUUAAUUGGUUUCAUUACUCAUCUAAUUAUACAUUGUGUUAUCUAUUGAUUCCUGCUUUAAUAGAAUGUAAUGCUUAAUGCAAAAACUAUAGUCUACAAGUUGAGAAUCUGCAAAGGAAGCAGACAACUUACAUACUUGCAGUGGAUGCAAGCUAUUCAAAAAGUAUUAUUUUUGCCUAUUUCUACUUUAACAUUUUAGAAUUUGCCCUCUAUUUCUGCAACAGUGUAAAUAUAUAAAUUAAACAUGUAUGUAAUCUCUUUUUUUCCAGUACAUUUUUCUUGUGGACUGAAAUUGUUUGGUAUUUCUACAUCUUUCAGAUAAUUAUGUUUAAUGAAUUGAUAUACUAUUAAUGUCAAUUAAGUUUGAAAUGCUUAAGUCAAAGUCAAUUUAACUUAGACUGAACAUGUGAUUCAUGGUAUAAUCAGAGUUUGCAAUAUCGUUGUGAUAAUUAAUGUAUAUAAUAUGAUUUUCUUUUUAACUAAAAUAAUUAGAGCCUAAACAGGCUGGUGAAUGGAUUUUUAUCAACUUCUUUGCUACACUUUUAUAGAAAUUUAUACCUUUGUUAACUGUUCUGUGUAUGUUUGACUAAUGAUUUUGGUAUACAUUCAUCAAAUAAUUCUGUUGCUUUUGUUCAGGUGUAUUUGAAGAAAAAAAAAUAUCAUCAUCUAUAAAUCACAAGAUGAAGCGUGAUAUUUGUACUACCAAUAUAUAUCUGUAUUUGUACCACAUAUCUCUGUUUUAUGUAAAUAUUGUUUCUUACAUUACUUUGAUAAGUGAUUAAUGGAUAUCAUGUUAAACAGAUUAUGUUUGUACCACCAGAUUAUGUCUGUAAAAUAUAAUUGAAAUAAUUAUGGAUAAACCUACUUUGAAUAUA